AUGCUGACCUACGACCCAGACACCACAGACACAACAACCGCUGAAACCUCUGAAUCUACCACGGACGCCUCCACUGCGUCCAGGACCUCUACCGGAACCAACGCCGGAACCACCACUGGGACAAACACUGGGACAAACACCGGGACAAGCACCGGGACAAACACCGACACUGCAACAGGCACUGGAACCAACUCGGGGACGACUGGCACAUCAACUGGCACAAAGACGACCGGAAAAAGCAAGACUACUACAUCCUCGAUCUCCAUUGACCCUGCUGCCGCUGCUGGCGGCGUGUCCAUGAUCACCCCCGCUUCCUCUUCCACAACCUACUACAAGAUCGGCCAGGAUGUGACAUUUGUGUGGAACUAUACCUCCCUGUCGGUCACUCCGUCUGCAGUCAACGUCGUGGCUUCGUGCAGUAUGAACUCGAUGACAUAUACGCUCAGCUCCAACAUGACCGUGAAGCAAACCGGAAGCCUCGUGUGGGAUACUGGAAAAUACCAAUCAUCGGCCACCAUUCCGUUGCUUACCGCGUCGUAUACUCUGAUAGUUUAUGAUGCCAGCAAGGAAAUCAGCGACACCGCGAGCGCGGGAUACCUGAGCUCGCAGAACGGUGGUUAUGUCUUCGGGAUGUACACCCCCCAGGCUUACACCCCACUCAAUGAAUUCAAGUGCGCUACCUGCAGCGGUGCCCUGUCCGAAACCAGUCGCCUGGCGCUCAAAUUUACUGUCGGCAUGGCCGUGAUCACCUUCGCUUCGUUCACCUGGUUUGCGGGAAGUGCUGGCGUCCUCACCAUUUGA